GCCCCAUCCAAACCCUACCUGUUUCCCCCUUUUUAUUUUUCAUUAUUUUAAUUUUUAAUUAUUUCAUUGUCUGUCUUUUUAGUCUAGGAAGCUCCUGUUCUUGCUUAUAAUUAUUAUUUCUUUACUUCGUUUAUACCCAACUGUUCUUCACAAUGGGGACUCAAAGCAGCUAACGGCAUUCUCUUCACCUUUAUUUUAUCCUCACAAGAAUCCUGUGAGGUAGGUUAGGCUGAGAGUGUAACUGGCCCAAGAUCAGUUCCUGCUUUUGUCUUUGGCUGCUGGUGCCCUCUCACUACUAUUAUAGCACCAAGUUUGUCUCCUCAGAGGCAUCCUCUUGCUCACAGUGAUGUAAAACCAGCCCAGACUGUAUAAUUUGGCAUUUUCCUCCUUCUCCUAUGAAGAGCAGGAGUUCUACUGCAACAUUAAUUUCUACUGGAAUCCACCUGCCAGUUGGAUCCUCACCUGGUUUUUAGUUCUGGAUUUCAGGUGCAAGUGAGGAAGGUUAUGGAGCAAAAUUCAGCAGGUCCAGAAGGAGCAGGAGAAACGAUCGGCAUAGUUCAACGUGAAGAUGUGGCAGAGCAGCCUAGAUGGAGAGGUUGGCAAGAGAGCAGAGAGGAACCAGGCAAGGGGCCACACCAGUGCUGGGAAGCCCAGUGGCAGGAGUUCAUGAGGGGGCUGGAUUUCCCUCAUGCGGGGUGGGGCAAGGAGCCCAGCCCCUGGGAGGAUGCCAAGGCCUUCCUGGCCUCCUUUGAGCACGUGGCCCAAGCCUGUCAGUGGCCUAGGGAAGAGUGGGCAGCCCGACUUCUACCAGCAUUGAGUGGAGAAGCCCAAAGGGCCUUUGACAGCCUGGAGGCCAGAGACAGGGAGGAUUAUGGGAAAGUGAAGGCGGCCAUCUUGCGUGGGGAAGCCAAUCGCAUGGAAAUGCUGCGCCAGCACUUCCGGCAGUUCCGCUUGAGGGAGGUGGAAGACCCGCGGCGGAUUUACAGCCAGCUGCAGGAGCUUUGUUGCCGGUGGCUGAGGCCAGAGAGGCACUCGAAGGAGGAGAUCCUGGAGUUACUGAUCCUGGAGCAGUUCCUAGCCAUCCUGCCACCAAAGCUGCAGAGCUGGAUCAGAGCUGGAGAACCAGACACUUGUGCCCAGGCCGUGGCCCUGGUGGAGGAUUUCCUCAUGAGCCAGCAAGAGGCUGAAGCAGAGAAAUGGCAGGGGCCUUUGCAAGAAGUCUGCCUGGAUGGAGAGGUACACGCUGUGCAGAGACAAAUUUGCAGAGAGGCAGAGCAGACUAGCAAAGAGCAGAUCAGUUUGCUAGGCAGGGAGAUGAAAGGCUCACGUCCUUCCACUUCCUUGCUUCCUCCAGAUGGACAGGAAACAGCCGAAACUGGGCCAGUGGAGCCACAGGUGGACGUCAAGGAGACAGAUGCGUCUUUGCCCAUGGUCAAGCAGACUCUGAUUCCACCAGGCCAAAGGACCAUGUUCUGGCAAGUCUUACAGGAGGACAGUGGGAAUGUAAAUUCUUUGGAAGGACUUUUGGUGCCUAAACCUGACCCUGGGAAAGAGGAAGACAUGUUUGUCCAGUCUCCAGAGGAAAAUGAGAGACUCAAAGACCAAGAUUCAGGUGACUGGAGGGGAAGGCAGUUCAAGGUGGAGAAUUCCCCCUGUGGCGGAAAUGAGCUUGAGGAGAAAGCCAGGAUGGGCCCAGAGAUGAUCCCAGGGAACAUGGUGACAAAGGCUGAAAUUCAUGAGGAAAGAUGUGAGUCCAAGUGGAGUCAGGAGGAGGAUCUGUGGGAGAGAGACCAAAUGAAUCCAGUAAACGCUCAGAAACUCUUCGGCCUUCCACCAGCAGGGCAGGGUUCAGAGAACCCUAGGCAUCCAGGUGAUGGGAGGAGAAGCUGGAUCAAGAUGGAGAAUGAAGCCGCUGUUGAGACUGGGCUGGAGGAAACAGAUGGAACAUUGGGAGAAAAAUCCCGGUGGAGUUUUUCUGGAACACCUGAAAUCUACAUGCAGAGAUAUGAGUCCGAAGGGCCUCCGCAGGAGAUAAAGCCAGUGAAGGGAGAGAAUGAAGAGAAGGAGCCCUCUGAAGAUCUUAUCAGUACUGCUGGUGAAAUGUAUGCAGAGGAUGCAGAGGCAAAAAAGCCCCUGUUCUCCAAGUAUGGGAGAAAAUACCACUACAAACCACAAUUUCUUACGGUACAUGCUGAUGAAGACCUUGGUGAAUGUCCCAUCUCAGAGGAAAACAUCCAGCAGCAAAGUAGCCCUGAGCCACCUCUGAGCCAUGCAAAUGAGAAGCCAUAUGAAUCUUCGGAGUGCAGGACAGUAGAUAAUAUGACCAGUCAUCAGAGUAACUACCAUGGGGGGAAAACAUAUGAAUGCCCUGAAUGUGGGAAAAGCCUCAGUUGCAGAAAGUCAUUGAAGAGUCACCAAGUCGUUCACAUGGCAGGGAGACCUUUUGAGUGUUCUCAGUGUGGGAAAAGCUACAGGCAAAGAGAAACAUUGCUGAAGCAUCAGAAAAUCCACACAGGCGAGAAGCUGCAUGAAUGCUCCGCCUGUGGAAAAAUCUUCACUGCAAAAGCAGCGCUGACGAGACACCAUAGAAUCCACACCGGAGAAAAACCAUUUAAAUGUCCUCAGUGUGAGAAAAGCUUCCGGCACAGGCAGACACUGAAGGAGCAUCAGACGCUUCACAUUGGGGAGAAAUCACACGACUGUCCUGUUUGUGGGGAAAAUUUCCCUUCAAGAGAAAUGCUGAGGAAACACCAGAGGGUUCAUGCCGGGGAGCGUCCAUACGAAUGCCCACAGUGUGAGAAACGCUUCAAAAGAAAAAUUCAUUUGAUGAGACACCAGCGAAUCCACACCGGAGAGAAACCGUUUCAGUGCUCUCAGUGUGGGAAGUCCUUCAGGCAGAGAGAACACCUAAGGGGUCAUCAGCGAAUCCAUACAGGGGAGAAGCCAUUCAAGUGCCCCGAAUGUGGGAAGAAUUUUUCUCAGAGAAAUAAGAUGAUCAGCCAUCAGGGAACUCACAGAGGGCAACGGCUUUAUCAGUGUCCUGAGUGUGGGAAGAGCUUUAGCCAGAAAGCUACCCUGACUAAGCAUCGGAGCAGCCAUGUAGGAUGCUAGAAAAAUUUAUGUUCCCUCAUGUGAUGACUGUUUUUGCUGUCAAAAGCUCCUGAGGUGUGGUGAGCUAGUAUCUCACUGCUCACCUAGGAAAGUCAAUUCUUUUGCCGCAGGUGCACCUUUUAUCUUUUUCAGCCUUCGAAUCAGCAGCUAGACCAGUAAUAUGCAUCCCAUAGGGCCUGGAUUUGGCAUAGUAGCUGCUACUCCCUUACCCCUUUUGAACUCUAAAGGAGUCAAGUUCUGCACCAAAAAAGGUUUUGUCAAACAGAAAGGCGGGGAUUCUAAGUUGGGAAGUAGUGUGCCAUUUAAUGUUGGUGGGCCUUUUUUACAUGUAACCAUGUUUGGGACAAAACUAUUGACCUUGAUGGUUUUUCCCAAGGAAUUUGGGAACUGCAGUUUUGGGAGGGUGUAGAAAUAUCUUGUUGGACAAAAGGUCUGUAAGUUCUUCCCGAAAACAGUUCUCAAGGAUGUGAGUUUCUGGCUUUCCAAUCUCAAAAAAGAUAUCAACAAACUGGAAAAGGUCCAGAAAAGGGUAACUGACAUAGCCAAGGUUGGAGAAGCAUUCUUAAAAGGUGACAGGCAGGGGAUUAAGCUCAAGGUGGAAAACUCAGAUUGACAUGGCACAGGACAUGGCUGGAUUUAACCCAGAAGAAUGUGUUGGUGGCAGCUGAGAUUCCUGAGCAAAGAUGCAAAUCUGAACAGCAGCAGGGGAAGAAGGCCCAAGGAGGGAGAGAAUGAAUCUAGAGAGUUUGUGGAAAGCGGUAUAGGUACCUCUAAUGAAACCAUCAGUGUGCACACGUUAUAAACUGCUUUUGGCCUCUUGAGCCUGGGAGAAGGUACCGUUGCUGUUCAGGGCUUGAUUUGGUGCAUAUUUUGAGAGAAUCUUUGAGAAUAUUCCAUGUGAGUGGAAGAAGCCCUGCAAAAGCCAUAGAUCAAUAAAUGUAAGAGAAUCCACUUCAGGAGAGAAAUCAUAAGAAUUCCUGGAGGGCAGGAGAAGUGUUUACCAGAAAGAUGAUUUGCUGAGAUGUCCGCAUAAGCCUACAGAGAAUAGGGCUUAUGAAAACUUGGAGUGGGAUGUUUUAGAAAAUACAUGAAGCUGCCUUUAUACAAAGUCACACCAUUGGCCCAUCAAAGUCUGUAUUGUCUACUGUGACUGACAGCAGCUCUCCAAGGUCUCAGGUUAAGGUCUUUCACAUCACUUACUGCUUGAUCUUUUUAGCUGGACAUGCUGGGAGUGAACCUGAGACUUGCAUGUAAAGCAGAUACUCUACCACUGAGCCACAACCCUUAAAAGACUCUUCAGAGGAUCCAGAUUGGAGAGAGACAUAAAUUCACAGGAUAUCCUCUUCAGUAAUAAUGUGAAGAGCCGUCAGAAGCACCAUACUGGAGAGAAUUGUUUUGAAUAUCUAGAGUGCGGCUACUGUCUAUCAGAGAGAGAAAUUAAUUGAGCAUUGGAGGAUGGACACAGUUGAGAAACCUUUGGAGACCUUGAAUAUGAGAAAAACUUUAGUCACUGGGGAGUGUUGAUCAGCCACCAGAGAAUCUGUGCAGAACUCUUUGAGUGUUUAGAGUUAAAAAGAAAGCUGCAAGUUGUUACAUGUCCUCAAAGCACCAAAAACUUGCCAAUGUCCUUAGCAUGUAAUUUGCACACUGUGAGAGCAUCAACCAAUAAGAUCAGGAAGGAGAGCAUUACAGAAUAACAUGAGAUCUUUGUGUAGAGUUAAGGGAUAGAGUCCUCCUGGAUAUGGCCAACAUCUGUUUAAUCCAUCACUAUGUAUCUUGUAGAAGUUAACCGAGUGCCAUACAAGCUGAACACCAAGGCAACACCCGUGGACUUAAUUUAUUUAUUUACAAAAUGUAUGCCUUGUCUUUCUGCCCUGAACAGUGGCCCCAAGGCAGCUGACGGAUUAAAAACAUUGCCUA